UUAAAUUUUAAGAAAAUCGGAAUUUGUUUAUUUCGAGUAAAAGUAAAGUAAAAGUUGAAGAACCGAAGAGCUGCGCGGCCAACGGCAGAAUUAAAUGCUGAUCGACAGUCGCAGAAGUCAGACACAACGCGACGCGAUACGCGAGUUUUCGUACAGAUCAGACUCAAAUAUGUGGAAGAGUAGGAAUAGCAGAAGCAACAUAAUGCCAGGCCUUAUGCAUGUGUUAAGUGUGUUGCUGCUGCUGGCUGCAGUCUGCCUGCAGCGGGAAGUGGAAAGUGCAGCGACUACUGCAUCGCCUCGCACUGCGCGCAUAAUGCAGUUCCUGAGGGAGCCCCCACCCAAUUUCCAUGCCAAUCGCCGUGUUGGUGUUGGCCCAGGACAAGGGCCACGCCUGCGACCAAAUGGAGACAACUUGAGGCCACCAACUCCCUGGCGACCACCGAUGCCACCGCCAGUGCUCGCUGGACAGCAGCUGCUGCGGCGUGAGUUCAAUGGCAAYUGGCCAUAUGCUGGCAAUGGCGGCAAUCGCUUUGCCCACUCCAAGGAUGCGGCGCCAGUGCUGGAUGUGGGCAAGAAUCAGUUCUAUCGGCCCAAGGAGGCGCCACAAUUCAACUACAAUGUCAAUCAGUAUACGCCGAAUUUCAAGGCCUCGCCGCCCCACUACAAUGCGAACAAGGAGCAGCCGCAGAAGUUUCCAGGAUAUGCACCAAUCAAGCAAUACGCCAUACCAAUGGAGGCCACCAAAUAUGUAGCCAACUAUGCCGAGACACCGACCAAGCAGCCUCAGCAAUUGGCACAARCUGCCAACGGCUAUGCMGUCUAUGAAGACACAGACAAUGUGAAGAAUGUCGCUCCAUUUGCCAACAACUAUCAGCAGACUUCGCAGCUGUCCAAGGAAGCGGAAAGCUAUUUGCAUUUCAUGAGUACCAAUGAUUAUUUCCUGCCCAGACGCGAGCCCAACUACAAGCAGCUGGACUUGGAGCGUGAUCAAAUCAACUACCAGCAACAGAGACUGGUUCAACAGCAGCAGCAACAACAGCAGCAACAGCAACAACAGCAGCAACAACAACAGCAACAGCAGCAA